UAAACAUGAAAUAUCCAAUGGAGACUUUUAGUUUGUCUAAAAGUUCCUCACGGACACGGAUUUUAAACGAGACCUUUAUUUUGUGCGGAAGUUCCUCACAGAUUCGCGCUUCCGGUGUUCGCUGUCCAAUGUUUCAAAUUAAACACCGCGCGACAGACGCGAACAUUAAUCGUGUAAACAAGAGCAAAUAGUCAUAAAAACGAUUUUAAACUGAUAUGUGAAGGCUUAUGUUAUGAUAUGGACGUGACGGAUCAAUAUUUACUAAGAUCUUUGACAGGACGGAUGAUGUUAUGUCAGUUAUUCGUCGUUUAAUCUUGUAGUGUGUGUUUGUGAGCUUCACAUGGCUUCACUGGUGGAUUAUGAGGAUUCUGGCAGUGAGACGGAUCAGGAUCAGGAUCCUCAGCUUCAUCAUGACGAAGCCCUCUUCGUCAGCUCCUCCUCCUCCUCAUCUUCAUCAUCACGUGUGUCAGCAGCACAGUCCGGCUCCGUGAAGAGAGUCCAGCUGCAGGCGUCUGCGCUGAAGCCGUAUGUUCCUAAGAGACAGAGACUGGCAGAGACCGCAGCGGCUCACACUGAAGAGCCGGACCCGUCUGCAUCUGCCGGGUUCCCGCUGCUGUCUGAGGUGUCCGAGAGAGUCCGGCCGUUUCUGGGCCGAAGGCAGGGUCGGGUCGAGCUGCCCAGACGCAUGCAGAGCCGCGUCGAGGCCCAUCAGGGUCCAGUGAACACGCUGCAGUGGAGUCCAGUGGAUCAUCUCAGCCAUCUGCUGCUGUCUGCAUCCAUGGACAGAACCUUCAAGGUGUGGGAUGGUGUUGGCAGUGGGCGGUGCUUACAGACUUACUCCGCCCACCGUGGCUCCGUGCGCGAUGCCUGUUGGCUGGCCUGCGGGCGACGCCUCCUCUCAGGCUCGUUUGAUGGCAGCGCAGCGAUCACUGAUGUGGAGACGGGUAAGACGAUCACACAGAUGGAGAACGGAUUUAAGGUGUGCUGCGUCGCUCCGCGACCCUCUGAUCCCGACGUCUUUGUGUGCGGAGGCUUCAGUCCAGAGGUCAGAGCCUGGGACGCUCGCUGCUGUAAGAUGCUGCGGGUCUAUAAGGCGGCGGUUCAGCAGACGCUGGCUGUCUUGUUCCUGAGCGGCGGGAGAGAGUUCGUCAGCAGCACCGACGCCGUCAGUCGAGACUCCUCCGACCGGACGCUCAUCGCCUGGGACUUUGAGACGACCGCCAAACUCUCCAACCAGAUCUUCCACGUAAGACACAUGCUGCUCGAGCCGCCUUAA